UGAACCAAUUAAAGUUCAUUCAUCCGCCCAAAUUUGCACUCUACCCCACGACUACAACGACCAUCCUGCCUGCGAACGGUCUGGACGUGUGGAUGUGACAGCGCAACCGCUGAGAGUCCUAGACAGGGAGGGAUCGUUCUUUGACUUAGAAUGCUCUUGAAGCUUGUACUUCUCCAUUUGACAGGAUAUUGACGGUCGCAUAUGGACCUGGUGCACAUGAAUCAUGCCAGCCAGGAUGGUUUACAUGACGACGAAAUGUUAUUGGUCGCCUAGCUGCAUAGCCACUCGACACGUAACCGGCAUUAUUAUCUAAGCCACAUCCCUGCCUAUAAAUUUUUGCAUGUCGAACUCUGGAGGACGAUUUGCACCUUACAGAAAUGCUCUUACCGCAAUUUCUGGAAGAACGGGAGCACCGCUACCUUCUCUCAUAGUCUCUUUCGCCAUCCUUCACGAACUAACUGCCAUCGUUCCUAUUGUGGGCAUUUUUUACACGGCACGCAGCGUAGGCGCAGGCGAGCGCGUCGUCAAUGCUAUUGCCCUCAGCCAAGAUAGCUCUACCGAUGACCAGUCUUGGGUAAACACCAAGCUGAGAUUGUGGGUCGAUGAAGGCGAGCAAUGGGCUGGUCGCAUUGGAUGCAGAUAUGGCAUCUUAGGCUUUGAGAAAGGCCAAUUUGUCGAUCAAAGUCGGACGAGCCAGUUGGGUGGUUCGAAACUAGCUGGAGACGUCGCAAAUGCCGUCUUGGCUUACGGUGCAGUCAAGGCACUUUUACCCAUCCGUAUUGGACUUUCGUUAUAUCUUUCUCCGAUGUUCUCUCGGACAGUCGUGGAGCCGAUUCGAUUAGGAGGCCUUCGUUUAUUAGGACGUGGGCCGAAGUUCAAGUAAUGGUCAUCUUUGUUACUCAUACUAGAGUCACAUAAUCCUGCUAGUAAUCAGUUUGAAUUUAUUUAAUUCCCCCAGUCAAAUUGGCUCUUCAAAGACUUCUCCCACC